CGUUGCCUGCUGACUGGUCAUUAAUUACACUUGCCAAAAGGGACAGAUGCGCUUGCGCGAGACACUCGCGAUUCGCGAAACGGUCGUUAAGCUGCUGUGAGCAAUGCCGAUCAGGAAACGACGUCAUUGUCAGCUGGCAGGUCAAGGUCGAUUGCCGGCCGCGAAUGGUUAACUGCACGGCAAGGGCGCUGACUGCAGCUGGCCUAAGUUGAUUUCCACUAGAGGUAGGUAUUGAACGGCGGCCUUUGUUUGUUUGUUCGAGACGAGCCUCAAAGUAAAGAACGUGAUUCAACAUCGGUCUGUAUGCGGCCUUGAUGCACUGGCUGUUGCACGAUCAACAUGUGGAUGUCAGCCUCAGUUUCUGACUUCUGAAGUCGAGACUUGUCGUGAUCCAGCGCGGUACUGGAAACCCCACGACGGACCAGGGACAACGGGGUACCUUGACUGGGGAGUGCAUGUCUGGCCAGCCUCGCAGGACGAAUAACGCUGUGGAUGGUUUCCAAAACAUUUGUCUAUCGUGUAGUGUUGAGUGCACCGGCCGCCAAACUCAAUCAACCCCCAAUUUAUCGGACUGAACCGUCCGAAUCAAGGCGAACCAAGAGAACACAGACGAGGCCCACGUCCGCCAUCAGCAUUCCCGGCCGGCCGACCGCACCGCCGCAACUCCCACUUUACCUCAACACCAAAACACGGAAUCGGUACAUCGACAGCAGCAUCAUCAAUAUCACCACCUCCACUUGGCGCGCACUUGCGGAAAACGUCCCGCUACACCGUGACCGCCACCGCGUUAAUAGAUCAACAAAGCGCGUGAUCUUUCGACUAUAGGUCUACCGCGCGUCUAAACCACUCGAUUGGCAUAUCUAGGGAGGCAUCAACAUUUCAGUAUGGUCGGGAAAGUCAGCGAACGCGUCCUCCUUCGGGAAGGGUUGGAGCGCACCGACAAUGGCAUGAAGCAGACAAGUUGGCCCGACGUCGUUCCCAUCAACCAAAAGAACUAUUACACUGAUUACAUGAAGCGGGAUGACCAGAUCCUUUCGCUCAGACUCCAGAGUGAACUGAACAGAGACCGGCUUGUACAAAGUGCCAAGGACCGCGAUCGCGCCCUCAACUACACCAAUGGCGAAGUGCCUCUCCCUCUCGACGAGCUACAGGGCGAUGAUGGGCCGACCACCACAGCCUAUGCCGACCCGUCCAAGGUCAUCGUUAUACACCCCGGAAGUCAAAACCUCAGAAUCGGGUUUGCGAGCGACGCGCUUCCGAAAACCAUCCCUAUGGUCCUCGCGACAAAGUACCCCCAGACCGAGUCGGAGAUGUACGAAGCGCUACCGAGGAGGCAGUUCGAAGCUAGGACAAAUGAGCAGCAAUACGGCGAAGACUGGUCCAAGAAGUACCAAAAAAUGUGCAACGACCUCAAGACCGACAUGCGCGCAAACAGGCGCAAGGUUCUCCCCAACUCAAAAGAUCUGGUUCUCAACUUCAACCGCCGAACAGAAGCGGAAGUCAUCUCUACCCACAAUGACCCCCUUCAAGUAGACUGGACCGAUGUCAAGACUCUGGAGGACCCGGAUUCGAACGCUUCCGUGUUCAUUGGACAACAGGCGUUACGCAUUCCGGACGAUUCCAACCCCAAAUUCAAGCUAUGGUGGCCGAUACAGCACGGCUGGAUGAAUGAAGACGACUAUCCCACAAAAGCCCAUCUAUUCAACGACAUCGAAACCCUACUUGAUCGCGCCUUACGCUAUGAUUUGGGUCUGAAGCGAAGUACCGAAUGGAAGCAGUAUAGCUGCGUCUUCGUCAUCCCAGAUUUGUACGACAAGAAGUAUGUGGAGCAAAUAUUACACCUGUGCGUGGAGUGGUUCGAGUUCAGCAAGAUUUCCUUCAUACAAGAAAGUAUGGCGGCUUCAUUCGGUGCCGGCUACACACAGGCCUGUGUUGUCGACGUCGGCGCACAAAAGACGUCCAUCACCUGUGUUGAGGAUGGACUGUGCAUCGAGGACUCUCGCAUCAACCUGAAAUUUGGCGGUUACGAUGUUACCGAAACUUUCAUCAAGAUGAUGCUUUACGACAACUUCCCCUACCAGGAAAUCAAUCUACGCCGAAGAUACGACUUCUUGUUAGCCGAAGAGUUGAAGAUCAAGUACUGCACGCUAUCACAAGCCAACAUAUCCGUCCAGAACUCCGAUUUCCACGUGCGCGCCCCUAACCAGCCCACUCGCAAAUACCAGUUCAAAUUCUACGAUGAGGUUAUCCUGGCCCCUAUGGGAUUCUAUGACCCUUCCAUCUUCGACAACAGCACCAAGCUCAGAGGCAGGAGGAAGCUCAUCGAGAGGUCGUAUAACGCCUACGAUGUAGAAGUCCCAGAUGACCCUACAUCAGCUGCCCAGUUCGCCGUCCUAUCCCAUAUCGCUCCCAGCCUUAAUGCACACACCCUUGCGGGAGCGUUGAAUGAUCUUGCUACGCCUGGCAAGGAGAAGCCGCUGUCAUUCAAUUUCUUGGCGCGCGGCGACACCGCGGCUGGAACCCCUGGCACAUCAAAGGCGCCAUCGCCUGCUCCUGGAGAGGGCACCGGCACUCCCGUUCCACCGCCGUUCGUCUUCGGAGCAGGCGGCGGUAGUCCCGCCCCCAGUGGACGGAAUGGCACUACCCCAGUCCCCACGAGUGGGGCCGCUGCGGCCCCCAAUGGCACUGGCGCCGGCAGCAACACAUUAGCUGUCCCCGGCAUGCCAGCCGAGGCCAUUCAGCGCACUCCGAAGUCAAUGGCCGCAGAGCGUGACGCUGUGCUGCCAGUAGUUCCUCUUGACAUCGCCAUCAUGACCAGCAUUCAGAACGCCGCCAAGGGUGAUGAGAAGAAGGUCAGGGAGCUGAUGGGAAGCAUCAUGGUUAUUGGUGGUGGUGCCAAGAUCCCGCACUUUGCGCCCUAUCUUGAGGAGAAGCUCAAGGCACGUCGUCCGGACCUGUCAGAGCGGAUCUUGGUGAGCAGGAGCGCGAGGGAGAUGGACGAACAAGUCGUUGUUUGGAAGGGAGCGAGCGUCUUUGCGAAGCUGUCGACCAACGAUUCGUGGAUUACGAACUAUGAGUACAAAAUGCUGGGGUCCAGGGUCAUCUACCACAAGGCGCUGUGGCAGUACUGAUUGGUCUCUCUGUCAUCAUGUGAUUCCUUGGGGUUUAGGCAGGGCUGGAUAGAACAUGUAUACGUUUUGCUUUGUUUUGUUUUUCCUGGGUGCAACAGAUAUGGAUGGUUGUUGUGCGAAACAGCUAGGUACCAUGGAAUGGAGUUUACGGGCGUCAUAGACAGGUGAUAAGAAGAGGUGGCACUGUAUGGUCAAAAACCUGAAGAUGGCUGUGGAUUUUACAAAAAUUUGCUCAGUCCCGAGUGUUAGAGACUGCACAGAUGUUUUUCGAACCGCGAAUCUUGGAGCCAUGGUGUUGAUCAACGUCUGUAAAACCUCAGAAUGCCGACCGAGUUGUAGGAAGAUCAUUCCACAGACUCGGCUCAACAGCGGCCUCAAAGAAA